AUGGAGAAUCCAGCUGAGGAAAUUAAGCAUGUCAUCCAGACUCUUACUCAGGGGACUCCGGAGGAGCAGCAUGAUGCCAUUUAUCGCUACUACACUCCCGGUGCCACAUUUGAGCAUCCCUUCUGUCGGGUCCCGUCGUUCACGAAUCUGAAUGUGCCUGGCGUAGGCCACUUUGACUCCCGCGCACUCAUCACGGCCGUUUACCGAUGUGCCAUCCAACUGCAGAGCCAUCUGGCCGAACAGACAUUUAACCAUCGCUUCCUAUCACCAGACAAGAUUCUCAGCCCCAGAAUCAACCUCGAAAUCGAGUCAUGCGUCCUGGACGAAAAGACCAACAUCAUCUACCUCAGGGUCUUCCAGAUCUUCUCCAUCUGGUGCAUCCCCUUCCACCGCGCCCCCGUUCGCCUAGUCUCGGUGCUUCACCUGGCGCCCACCAUCCCGUCAGACGCCGGCACCCCUCCGCCGCCGUACGACGCCGCCAAGGAGAAGCUCCACGCCGUUCAGGAGGGCGCCGAGCCGAGCUACGCGGCCGUCGCGUCGGGCGGUGCCUCGGCCGAACAAGCGGAGCAGCACCACCAAGAGCAGCAAGAAGAAGCCAGGCGCCGGGCGACACGCUACCUCAUCAAGAAGCAGGAGGACCUGUACCAGGUGAACGAGUUCCUCAAGUUCGUGUUGCUGGGGCCCGGCGCCGCCAUGGCCGGCCUCCUGCAGCUGUUUUCCACACUCACGUGCCUGGUUGGAGCCAUUCUGUUGGGCCCGUUUAUGAAGGCUAUCUGGCCGGCCAGGGCUGGAAAUGCGAAGCAGAAGCAAUAUUAA